ACAACGUGUGGGAAUUUGACAUUCGACAAUUCCAAUUCGUCGAGAAGCUAGAGUCUAGAUUCUAGAUCUAGAAGCCAGAAAAGCCAAAAGACGAAGCUGAUCCUAUCUCAUGUGGAGAUUGAGUAGCUAGCCAGAGAUUCAACAGAUUAUCGAGAUUCAGUUAGCUAAGUGUGAGAAAGUAAAUGUGCCUCUAUCAUGGCGCUGUUUAAAUCGCCUCUUUUCAAAGUUGCGAUGUUUGGUGGAGUGGCUGUGAUUGGAGCAACGACAUGGAUGGAGAGCAGGAUGCAGAGUCAAUUUCGACAGCAAGACUUCUACCAGAAACCUCUGCUCAUGCUGCACAAAUACAAACCUGCAGAGCAGUUCUUUGGCCGCCCUAUCUAUGGUGGUCGCCUCAGCCUGGGGGAUGAAAGCAAAUUGAAAGUUGAUGAGUUCACAGCCAAGCUGUCCAUUCCAGUGGUGGGACCAAAAGAUAAAGGAGUCUUGUAUGUCGCUGCUAGCAGAGAGAGUCGAGAAAAAGACUGGAAUAUUGAUGUCCUUGACUUAGAAAUCACAAGGACCAAACAGAGAUGGAAGUUCUAUGACCGCACAUUGGACAAGAAUAGUACCCCAGAUCUUUCUGAUAACUGUACUGAGGAGACUUCAGGGCAUUUAUCAUGAAGUUGAUUAGUCCAUGAAUUCUUGUACAAAACUACUGUGAUUCAUGAGGACUUGUUGUAAUGCUUUUUCAUCAGCCAUAGCACCAGAAAUUCCAAACACUUUCUGUGCUUAGGUUGACCCAUGAGUGACUUAUGUGUGUGAGCUGACAAAAAUUGAUGCCAUUUUUUUUAUCUGAGAAUCUAUGAGUUGUUUUUUUCUUCUAAGAGGACUUUGCCAUCCACUAGAUAUAAUUGAGGACGAAGUCUCAUCAGCUUCGUUUAGCAUCCGUCCCCCUUAGAUUAAACUCGGCACAAAGCCGAAAAGUCGGGAACAGAUACUACACUUUGAUCUUAGCCAAAAGGCGGAGAAGAAUCUAUGAGCUUUAUUAUUGUCAAACUACUUGAUUUUAACAAUUGUUUUAUUACAUUAAACGGCACAUUCAAGGGGCUGUUAUUCAAUGUAGAAAGUCCGUCUCUUGAGGCAUUUUAAGUUUGUAUUGUUUUUUAAAUAAAAUCAUUAAAGGCUCUACAGCUUUUUUACUACCAUUUUAUGUUUGCUGACUGUAAACUAUGACUUAUGAAUGUUCACCAGCAAAUGAUUAUGAAGGUUUCUGUAAAUCGUCUUUCUGCUUGAUUUUGUGAUGCAUUGUUGAGAGCAAAAGUAAAUGAAUUUGUUCUAAGUUCAAAACAAAUUGUAUAGAUGUUCCAGUGAUGAUGAAUGUUUUUACACAUGUUCAUAUUAUUUAUGGAUGAUGUUUGCAGAAUUGUAAAGUGGCGACCAUUGAGGCAUGAUGCAUUUUUUUAUCGCAAUUCAUAACUUCAGCUUCAAACGAGUAUUCUAAUGAAGUCAGUUCAAAAAAUCUUUCCAAAUUAUUUCACUAAGAGACUUUGAAGAGAGAAAGAGGUGAUAAAAGAUGUACACCGAUUUAGACUGGUUGGGAAGUUUUUUAAAACAUUUUCUUAUUCUUUGAAAUGGCAUAAGGCUGCUAUGCUGGUGAGAGACCCUAAAUUCUUUAAAUUGAAAGAAAAAGCCAUGUUACAUCUUUCAAUAUUUCUUCUUAAACAAGUGACAUAUACCAAGUAUUCUACUCUGUCUUCAAAGGAAUGUACAGUUACUGCUCUGUAAAAAUGUGAAAUAAAAUCUUUUUUUUUUAAAACAGCUACAGUCAA